UUAUAGCGAUGAAACACCAGAAAUAUGGUGUUCUCGUAUUCGUUGUCCAUUUAAAAAACUUCUCGAACAUAAUUCAAAAUACUUCUCCAAGAAUGGAUUCAUUCAAAUGAUUGAAAGAGCAUAUAAAGAGCAUUCAGUUUAUAUUUAUUGCACUGUAUGUGACUCCUUAGCAAUUAUCCACAAAAAUACAAUCGAAUGUGCAAAUGAUCACCUAAAGAAAUGUAUUACUGAAACCACUAAUAUGCAUUCUAAUCCUGUACGAAAGAAUAUGAAAAAAGAGGGGGGAGUAUCAUCACUUAGCAUAUAA